UACAUGAUAUUAUAAUACACGAUUGUUGAAACUAAAACGUAAUACGUAAAAAGUAAUUAAAUAAACAAUAAUUAGUUUAGUUCAAUCGAUUAAUAAUUAUAUUGGGACGAAUUACACUUUCAGCAUAACGUUGUUUUAUUUGACGUUGAUCUCUACGUUUGAUUUGAAGCGUAACUAUCCAUACCUAAUAUUAUUUGCAGCACAUAUAAUAUAUUAUCACUACCUACAUACAAAUCCAACAGAAUAAACAAAAUGAGGACAUCUUUAGUUAUUACAAUCGCAUUGUUCACGAUUUUUACUAUAUCAGAAAUAAGCUGUAAAAAUACAUGCUCACAAUUCCGAAACAAAUGUCUUGAUGACAGUGACUGUUGUUCUAACAAUUGUUACAUGGCAGGCAAUGUAAAUGACAGAUUUUGUAUGUACCCCGUAAAUACAACUGCUGAUGCUAAAGUUGAAUAUGGUUUUUGUUCAUACAACGCAUCGUUUCAUAGUGAUUCCAGCAACAAUAUUUUCAAGUUAUUAGGGAUAACUGCAGCCCACGCUAUGUUGCCAGUUGGCUCAGAAAUGAAGUUAACGAACAUGGCCAACAAUAAAACUAUAGAUGUCACAAUAAAUACCUAUAUGCAACCAAAGAACGGAACCAUUUUGCGGAUAUCCAAAGAAGCAGCACGCGGGUUAGGUGUUAAAGAUGGAGAGACAUUUCCAUGCUCUCUAUAUAUGUGUGUAGGAGACCCCGACAUUUCUACAUUUAAAAAAAUGGCUGUGUUAUCUUCAUCACUCUUUAUAGUUGUAUUCAUCAUUAUGACUUUUAUAAUAUGAUUUUAAUGUAAAAUAGUUACAAAGUAUGACGGAGUCGACAUGCUUAUCUCAUACGAUAAAUGUUUCUAUUAUAUUAUUGUUAAAUUAAUUUUAUUUUUAAAUAUCCGAUUAAUAUAAGCUAUUAAAACUGUCUGUAAUAAGUCUAUAAUUAUUAAUUAUUACCACAUUCUGAUAUUGUAAUUAUUUUCAUGUUUAUGUCAACUAGUCGUAUGGAAUUAAAUUGGAAAAUACAUUUCAUAUAUUUUAAAUAAAACACUUCAUGAC